CAGCUUAAUCCUCUUCAGUUCCGCCUUUGGCUUGUGUCAGAAACUAUACGUAGCCACUAGCCAAAUGGCCAAGGUAGAGCUGACACCGUUGAGACUAUGGGACGAUUUCUUCCCAGGUUGGGAACGUUUUGCCAAACCAGAUGUAAAAGAUCUAGCUAAAUGGAACAACAGGGUUGUCAGUAACUUGCUCUAUUACCAGACAAACUAUUUGGCAAUGGCCAUUAUUGUUUUCCUCAUAGUUGGGUUUCUGAAUCCCAUAGGAAUGUUCAUGGGAAUGGCAGUUGUGUCUCUGGUCUUCUUGGGCUCUGUGUGGGCUGGAGAGAAUCGGGCUAUAAUCAAGAACUUCAAGAAUCAGAAUCCCACCAUGUUUGUCAUUGCUGUGAUGGUAGCCAGCUACUUUCUCAUGUCUCUCUUUGGGGGUGUCAUGGUGUUCAUGUCUGGUAUCACCUUUCCUCUGGCCUUGAUCUUCGCUCAUGCAUCGCUUCGCCUCCGCAACAUGAAGAAUAAACUGGAGAACAGGAUUGAGGGGGCGGGGCUGAAGAAGUCCCCCAUGGGACUUCUGCUGGAGGCACUCGGCCAACAGGAGGAGAAGCUGCAAAAGAUCCAAAUCUUCCUUGAGAGCAAAUUAAAGGAGUGAAAAGAGCACAUGCCACAUUGCUCAUGCACACGCACACACAAACACACACACACACACACACGGAUGUACAAUUGAACUAUGCAAUCUAUUGAAAGAGACACCUUUGUCGCUAAAACAAUGAUGCAUUGUAAUAUCUCAGUUCGAUCAUUUACGAUCAAGUGUAAUAUUGACUCUGAAGAGUGUGUGUGAGAGAAGAGCAACCACCAAGUGUGUUUAAUCAGUGAAAUAGGCUAUAACCUAACCUCAGGUUGUGUCUUACUGCACCCAAAACUUGUCAGGGCUCUUCCCCUGAAGUUAUGAUGUAUUUACAAUGCAACGUUUCACAACACUUUCAAAUCUGGCAUGUUUUCAGAAUGUAAGUUGAAUGUAGCUGAGGAUGCAAAUGUGACUUGCAUUACUGAUAAAUUAUUAUAUUUUCAGGUUUUAAUUUAAUAAAACCCAAAGCAGAAACUACCAUGUAACUGGACAAACCAAGGUCACUUUAUAAAAGGUCUAAUAAACCAAACUAAUGUUACAUGAAUCAACUCACAAUUAUCUUACAAAUGAUGUGGUUAACAAUGUUUUUUACUCUGAAGUUUAAUGACGCAUGUAUUGUGGAAACUGAUUUGUUUGGUUCAACAAAGCAUCACAAAGUGCAAAAUCUCUAUUUAAUAAAUGUUAAUCAAGUAAA